CGUCCCAUCCCACUGUGGCUUCUCCUCUAUCUCCUUUCUGCGUCUCCUCCUCUCUUCUCCUCCGGCCGAUGACAGCAGCGGGCGGUGGGGAUUCCGCCGGCGACUCCGCUACCUUCUACCGCUACCUCUACCUCUCACCGGCGGCCCUUGAGAACCCUUGUCGAUUCCUCUCCGAUCACUUCUCUUUCUGCCCAUUCCCUUCCAAUCUUAUCUUUCUUUGUCGUAGAUCGAGGUUCACAUAGCUUGCGGUUUCUUUUUCUUUUUUUCUCAUCGAAGAAUUCCCGAUCUUUCUUCCGUUCUCGAGUAUUCUUGGUUUUUGGUUUUAUCUCAUUUCUUCCACUCUCGCUUGCUAUCCACUAGUGGGAUAGAGAAAGAGGGAGCGAAGGGCGGAGAGAAUAGAGAGAAGGGAAGAAGGAUUGCGAACAACGUGCUUGUUUAAGUGCAUUGGAUCACCGGUCGUCUCUGUGGGGAUUCGAAUUGGGUCGUGGUAGAAGGGUUGGUAGCGAUUUGAGCGAAAAAAGAUGGUGUUGGAUCUCAAUGUGGCGUCGCCCGGCAAGUCCUAUUCUUGCGUGGAGGAGAAGGUCGUCAUCGAGGGCUCUGGCGGCGUGCCGAUGGAGGAGUCGGGGACCUCGAAUUCCUCUGUCCUCAAUGCCGAGGCAUCAAGCAAUGCCGGCGACGAUGACUCAUGCUCAGCCGAAGCUGCCUUCGGCGGCUUUAAGUUUGGCAUCCUCAAGAGGUCGCUGCGGGCACAUGGGGAGGAAGAAGUGGAAGAAGAAUUGGAGGAGGAAGAUGGGGCAUCGCGGGAGGCAGGCUUCGUCACGAGGCAGCUCUUCCCUCUGGCGGCGGCGGUUCAGGAAGGCGUUCAGUCUCCGACUGUGGCUUCUUCAUCGACACCGGCAUUGCCUCAUCGGAUGGAGCUCCGUUUCCUCCAGGGUAAUACGGCUGGCUCGGUGGAGGCCAAGCUAUUGCAGCAACAGCAGCAGGUGAAGAAGAGCAGAAGGGGGCCGAGGUCUCGGAGCUCUCAGUACCGGGGAGUCACCUUCUACCGGAGGACGGGAAGAUGGGAGUCUCACAUAUGGGAUUGUGGCAAACAGGUCUAUUUGGGAGGUUUUGACACUGCUCAUGCCGCUGCAAGGGCAUAUGAUCGGGCUGCAAUCAAGUUUCGUGGGGUUGAUGCUGACAUCAAUUUCAAUAUCAGUGACUAUGAAGAGGAUUUGAAACAGAUGAGGAAUCUGACAAAAGAAGAAUUUGUUCACAUACUUCGUCGCCAGAGCACUGGAUUCGCUAGGGGGAGCUCAAGGUACCGAGGAGUGACACUUCACAAGUGUGGUCGCUGGGAAGCUCGCAUGGGGCAGUUCCUCGGUAAAAAGUACAUAUAUCUUGGGCUAUUUGACAGCGAAAUAGAGGCUGCAAGGGCAUAUGACAAGGCUGCUAUUAAAUUUAAUGGAAGGGAAGCUGUCACAAAUUUUGAUCCAAGUACCUAUGAAGGAGAGAUACAUCCUGAGCCCAAUAAUGAAGUUGCUGGUGGAGGCAAUGUUGAUUUGGACUUGAGGAUCUCUCAACCUAAUGUCCAUAGCCCAAAGAAGGAUAAUAACUCAAUGGUUAUGCAACCCAAUCACAGUUCCUUUGAAGCUUCAGAUGCCAGGAAUUCUAGGGCCAACAACCCAACAUUCCAUCUGGCUCAUCCGCAUCAUUUGCCAAUGGCGCCUGCACAUCCUCAUGCCUGGACUGGUCUAUAUCCUGGUUUCUUUACACACACGGAGGGAAGAGCCGCAAAAGGAUCCGAGGCGUGCUUUCCUGCUCUCCCCAACCGGGCAUGGCUAAUGCAUGGCGGCCCCGGCCCCGCGUUGCCGUUCUCUUCUGCAGCAUCAUCAGGAUUCUCCACUGCAGCCACCGUCGCAGCUGCCCAUCAUCUACCACCAUCAGCCGCCCAUCUCAAUUUCCCUCCAUCAGCCACUGUCAAUCACUAUUACAUGAGCUGAGUGCAUGCAUACACUCCGUGUACCGGUAGAUAAACUGGGAGUACCGCCAAGAACCAGGGGGAGAAAUGCAGUCUUUUAAGGGCAGUAGCCAUCUGCAAUGAAAUAAUGCUGGCUGGCGCUUGUUUUCAAGGUUAUGUAUUAAGCGCACAAACUAUCUCAUCACGCUGCUUUGUUACAUGAAUAUGGCUUGGCGUUUCGGACUUUUUUGGGGCUCCGGGGUUCCUUCUUCUCUGCUGGACCAUUCAGGGCAGGGAAUGAAUGAAUGAAUGCUCGUUAACUUUGGAUGCAGCCUGUGGCGUCCCUUUUUUUGCCUUCAGUGUACUAUGAAUUGUGAUAGGAACCUAUCAUGGCAUAAUGCUGCCCUCUCUGGAUUGCUCCUGCCUUCAAAAAAAAGAGCACCCCCUCCUUCCUCUGUC